GAAACGUGGUACAGACCGCCAGGCUUUCGACCUUUUGCUGAUGGAGAGACAGCGCAGACGUGAUUUUUCAAACGUUUUUGUCCGCUAUCUGCAAAAGCUCGAGUUUGGGAAAGUUAUUAGUAAUAGUAGAAGUGGUUAUAUAGGCCUAUAUGAGGUACCGGUACCGUAGCUCUAUAGAUUUGUGUACUGAAGAAAUAAAGCGGCAAUGGAAUUGAGCAUUGUCGACGUUCUUGAACCUGGUCGAGCAGAGGAGAUUCAGAGUAAAAUCCAAUAUGCCACGUUGGUAAAAUGCUACCAGAAUCUUACAAAGUCUAAAGUUGAUCUAAUCUCACGAAGCGGAAAAACGUAUAUUGAACUUCUCUUGGCGGCUUGUUCUCGAGACAUCAGUUUCUUCAAUUGGACGAAAAUAUCACCGUCAGAAUUACAUGCCAAACUUUACGAUGCAAUUAGGCAAAAGAUUGCCGUCGGACUCAUAGCUGUGAGUAAAAUACCCCUAAAGAAAAUAUCAUCUGAGGUAUUUCGGGCUGGUCGAUAUUUCAUAUCAGACAAUGUUGUUAAAGAAAUUUGCUGCGAUAGUUCAAAUAUAUUUGAAGUGAAACAAGUUGGGAAUGAAAUGGUAGUGCAAUUUGCAGCAUCGCCAGUCAAAGAAAACCAGAAAUCAGAACCGGCAGGGGCAUCAAAGAUGACAGAUCGCAAAGCUAUUCAGUUGAAGCAUUUGUUCAAAACCAAUCCUGAGGUAAUUGCGGCUCUGCGUCACACUGCAUCCUAUAAAAAUAUUUUACAAGUCUUUUCAUAUUGGCUAAAGUACUGUGGUCAAUUCCGGACGGAAUUUUUAACAUGGCUGCUGGAGAUAAGUAAACUGAAUUCUCCGAAUGAUGCUGAUUUGUACGAAACCAAUUUGAAUGGUAUAUUCCUUAAUAUUAUUAAGAAAUUUCUUACGCCAUCUGGGCGAACCAUUUCGCAACUUACAGAUCAUCUUUGCAUUGACAAGCCAGGUUUCAUUACGAAAGAGAAGGUUUUGCAGCUCAUUAUGGACGACCCGUUGCAGAUGUUCAUAGCUGAUUCAACCAAGUACUUACCGACGGGCCAACGGUAUGUGGAAUUGACCAAAGAAGGUCGAUCAUCGUUACUUCCAGCGGAUUUCGAUUUGCCUGAAAAUCUGAGAAGUCGGAUAUUUCCACUGCUAACUACUCGCGUCGUGUUGAAUGCGUUACAAAGUGUAUAUAAGAUUGUGAUAAAAACCAUCCAAGUUCAAAAGCUGAUGACUAAAUACGGCUGUUUUUGCAAGUAUCUCAUUGAAAUGGUUAAAGCUGUUAAGCCAAAGCUAGACACCGAAAGUUAUAAAGUACACCUCCAAAGCCUGAUGAAGCCUCUCAUAAUGAAUACUCUGGAUAAACGCUCCAGUCAAGGAAAACAUAUCAACGCCGUAUUGCAAGAGGCUUCACUUUCUGGAGUGGCUGACUGUUCAUUUGUGCGCGAGGUGGUAGAGUAUUACAGCCACGAAUUUGUAUUUGUUGGAACCAAUAAACUUGCUUUUCGCGAGAACUGCGCUAUCGAGUUUAACGAAGAAGGCGAUGCCCACGAAGAGAAUUAUGAUCCUGUACCGAAGGAAGUUGACCCGCUGUCCGAUCUGGAAUCACCCCGAGUUUUACACCUUCUUACUAAGCAACCUAGGUUUAUUGACAUAUUUGACGUAUUCAUGACUGUCCCAGAGGCAUCACGAGCCGUUCUUGCUAAUAAUUCAAUGAGUUUCUUUGAAUGGUUGAUCAGCUUGUCUAAACGUUUGAUGCCGCACGAUGCGCCGAUAUUUGAAGCUCAUUUGCAGAAUGUAAUUCAAAAAGAAGUGGUUCAGCUUCAUUCUCGACAGCAUUGCCAGAUGACUAUACAUCAUGUGCACAGUCAGUUAUGCAUGCAAUAUGCAAUGCUUCUCAGUCCUAACUUUUUGAGUUGGUGUUUGGAACAAUCAAAAUCUCCAUUUACAGUUCAUCAGUCGUGGAUAUAUUUGAAAAACUCGAUUGACAAAAGGCGAUCAUCCCACGAACCAGAGUCAUCGAAUACUGUUUUUCAACAACGUGACGUUCGCAAAAGAACCCCAUCACCUGAAGCACUGCUUAACGUAGUGUACUCGUGCAAACAUUUAUGCGAUGUUAUGAAGGCAAUAAAGGAAAUUCCAUUAGAAGAUGUAGGAUACAUAAUUCAGAACAAUUCAUACUGGUUCGACUAUAUCGAGAAUAACAUUAGAGAUCGUAAAAACAGAUUGAAGCUUACCAACCUCAUCAUAGAACAAGCGAUUUUUUGUUUAGAAGAACGAAUUCUAAAAAUACAUGACUUAACCUCGCUUUUAUCCAAGGGGGUUCCAAAUUUCAUUUCAACUGAAACACUUGAAUACAUUUUGCAACAGAGAAGAGACAUUUUUGCUUUGGCUGGAAACGUUGUUGCGGAUUGCCACGUUGGUGUUGUACGACAAGUAGAGGGAGACGAUGUGAUUUGUAGCAAUGAGUAUGAAGAAAAUUUGAUGCGGCAGGUGUUGUUAUAUUUCCCUUCAUCUGGGUCUUGCGAUAUUUCAACUCUACUUGGAAUUAUUUGCAAAGAAGAUAGUUAUCUCUACAAAGACAGCAGUUCCCCGAACCCUGACUAUAUGAAAUGUUUUUUCAUGAUGUUUCCCAUGCUCUUUUAUGCGCGCGGAGAUGUGAUUGUUUUAACCUGCAUGGCGCUCGACAAAAGAGGGAAAUACAGAAGUGGUUUUCACCCAACAAGUACGACAGAAAACGACGUCAAUGACAAGAAAUCAGAAAAACAAAAUAUAAAGUCCCAUAAAUCACGAAAGCGCCGUUCCCGACCAAGACGCCAUCGUCAUGGAAAAGACUCUAAACGUAAACGACGCAGUAUUUCUUCUGAUCGUCGGUCACUGUCUCAUAGCGACGAAGACAUCGAAAUUAAUACAACAAAUGACGUCGGAGUAAACGGCAACGAUCAUUCUGAUAAAAUGUUCAUGUACACUGACAAUUUAGUUGUGGACGAAGACUGUGAGGAAUUGACCAUGCAAAAUUUGAUUGAUGCCUUGCCUGCGUGUCUUUUAGUAGAUAUUGCGACUAGUUUACUUCUGAAUAACAAUGGGAAAUCAAGGGCUAAGGAAUUCUUGAACGAAGUACUACGAAUGACCGUAGCGUCGGAGGAAUGUCGUCAGAUACUCAGCUCGACAAAAAUGUUUUCUAUUUUUCGUGAGAAAACGUUUGAUGCGCUUAAAAAUAGCAUGAAGUUUGAUCUUCUACGUGGACAAGGAGAACACGUACAAGAAGUGAAGCUAAAACAGGACUUCGAAUCUGGUUCGAGAACGCUUAUUAACAAAGGCGGAGAUAAAGAGGACGAUUCACAAGUCGAAGAAAUCACAAGUACUACGAGCCGAACUCCCGAAAGAGCAGCAGAUACCGUUGAACCUACGUUAAGUAAAAUCUCGGAAGCUAAUGUAAUAAUUGAUUCACCCCAGAAUUUGGUCAGUGAUGACGAAAUUAUUAAACUUUCACACACGGAACAAGCUUCUAUCGAUUCUGAUAUUUCUCCGGUAUCGCGUGAAUCUGACAGAAAAAUAUCAGAUGACCGUUCAUCACUCAACGAUACCGAGAUUCCGAAGAUGCCAAAUUACUCCGUAACCGCGUCAGACAAUUACGUGAAACCGAAAGUUCGCAGCCAUAAGCGAAAACGAUAUUCAUCAGCCAGUCGCGAAGGUCAAUUACUUGAGUUUUUCAAAAAUUACCUGGAAAUCAACGCAGGAUCGUGUUCAACUGAUCUGCUCAUUUCAAGCGCACACAGACGCUUUCAUGAUGAAAGAUUUGCUCGCAGUCGUUUGGCUUUCGAAGCGUAUGUUUAUGAUCUGGCAUUCCAAAAUCACGACUUAUUUAUUUUCAGUGGAAGUACUUGUGAAUUUGGCGUUACCAAAAUAUCUCGAAGCGGUGGCACACCGAGCUCUUCACCGCAAGUUGCCGAACCAGCUAACCUAUUCUUUCUUAAAUUUAUACCGGAAGUUUGCAAAGAGUGUUGUUCUUUUCUCUGUAUCAAACCGAACAAGCGAAGCCUUUUGAUUGAGGUUUGCGAGGCUGUCAACUCGCGGUUGCACGACCAUCUUGGAAUCUUUUCUGACAAGGAAAUUACUGCAGUUGUUCAUUGCCUAGUCUUAGUCGCACUCAUACGUAAUCUUCGCCUGUUCUGUUUUUCCGUAAACGAGCCAGUUGUAUAUCUUCGCGAUCACAAGGAGUCACAUACAAAGCCUACGUCUCCACAAUAUAAGUACAGGCGUGAGGUAGAGAACAUUCUGCAAAAUCCUACUUUGACCGACGCCAUCCUGCUGAUGGCGGACAUUGUAAGAACGUGCCGCCCUACAUCUCAAACUUUGUUGCGGAAUAUGUGGCAAACUCGAGCACCUCCUACUCUUAGGAAAGUUUUUGGGACUGGUAUUUCUUUUACACUCUCACUUAGAAAAUAUGGCUUCGUUUUUCCAUCAUCCGACGAGGGAAAAAUAUCAGUUGACGAAGACGUUAUGAGUCAUAUAGUCCGUCCUAUUGAGUGACUGACAGAUCGGUAAAUGUUGCCUCUUCAAUGUUUAUACACACAGCAAAUGUUAAAUUAUUUUCUGUAUCACCAUGCAGUUUUAAUAACUGCCAAUUUCUUAUUUAUUUUCUUUCGUUUCGUUCCACUACAUUUUUUCACCCACUGCCCAUGGUUCGCCAUGUAAACUUUCUUUUUAUGGUGCUUUUUCAGCUUGCAAUAUCUUGGUCUGCUAUUCUAUCUUACUAUAUUGUUAAAGAACAAAUGUUAAUGAAGGUUACUCAACCAAUGCAUUGUACCUUAAUAUAAGUUUCAUUGGUCAUUAUCGGCAUAACUUAUCCAGACCGCGAAGGGAUACGCAUAUAAAUAUCCACCAUUUCCUGUUCAAAUAGUUUUUAUCAAUUAAAAAUCCAAUAUUAUA